AUGGAGAAGAAAGUGGUUUAUCUUUGGUCCGUGAUAGUGCUGCUGUCGGUGGUACUGAGCUCUGCUCUAACCCUGGAUAUACCAGUAUACUUCAAGGUUGGCGGCAGCCUGGAACUGAGGCCUCAGCCGGAGCACACCGCCAUAACCGGCAUCGUGUGGAGACACAACGGUGAUCUGGUGGCUGAGUGGGUGGAUAAGGACUCUCCGUUGACGUACUGGGGGGUGUUUAAAGGCCGUACAACUCUGAACACAACCACUGGACGUUUGGAAAUUCGAAAAAUGAGUAAAGAUGACGCAGGGUUGUUUACAGUGGAGAUUAACAAGGUUCAGAACGAGAGUUAUGCAGCCAGAGUGGUCAAGGAGGUGUCCAAGCCGACGGUGUUGGUAGCAUGUAGCCCUGCCUUGGAGAGCUGUGUACUGUCCUGUGAUGGAGACACCACAGAGACUGGACCCGUCGACUACUACUGGAAGUUUGGAGACAGAGGGUGGAAGCAGAGGUUCUGUGGACAGAUAUACCCAAAAUACGUCAAGGUUGGCGGCAGCCUGGAACUGAGGCCUCAGCCGGAGCAGACCGCCAUAACCAGCAUCGUGUGGAGACACAACGGUGAUCUGGUGGCUGAGUGGGUGGAUAAGGAGUCUCCGUUGACGUACUGGGGGUCGUUUAAAGGCCGCACAACUCUGAACACAACCACUGGACGUUUGGAAAUCCGAAACAUGGGUAAAAAUGACACAGGGUUGUUUACAGUGGAGAUUAACAACAAGGUCCAGAGUGAUCGUUAUCCAGCCAAAGUGGUCAAGGAGGUGUCCAAGCCGACGGUGUUGGUAAAACCCCUGGCAUGUAGCCCUGCCUUGGAGAGCUGUGUACUGUCCUGUGAUGGAGACACCACAGAGACUGGACCCGUCGACUACUACUGGAAGUUUGGAGACGGAGGGUGGAAGCAGAGGGAGAAGGACAUUACCAUCAAUAAGACCGAGGAGAUGCAAAGUGCUAAAACGGUCUCCUGUAGGAUGAAGAACCUGGCUGGUGAGAAAGACAGUGACCCCGUGGAGAACCCUUUUUUCAAAGAGCCAAACGGGUCAGUAGGGUUGGGUGUGGGACUUUUCUUACUUAGCGUCGUAGUCUUAGCUGGGGGUGUAGUUGGUUAUUGGAAGCGAGAAUCCAUCAAGGAGCUGGUCUGUCCACAUAACAACGGUAACAACGGUGAUGCAUCUAACAGACAGUGUGAUGGAACGUUACAGGAGUCUCAACAACUCAACGACGUGGAGAAGUCAGACAAAGAUGGUAAAGUAACACAGUAGUGGAGCUGUUGGUGCAUGGAAAUGCAUCAGAUCAGGACUCCACUUCCAUCGUGCUCAGAUGGCUGUUGCUCCGUACACAUUCAGAAAACCCAAC